AUGGGAGGAGGAGAUGUGGUUGUUCCAUUUUGUGAAUCAGUAGAUGCCUAUGUGAAGAAGGGAACAGGGAUUGAUAUAGCAUUAAAGGCCAUGUUAGGCAUGUCUCGCCUAGUCUCAAUUCACGGCAGUUGCGAGGAGACGCGUGAGAACUAUGCUCAGUUUGCGCGUGCCGUCGUUAACUGCCGCAUGUUGAUCAAUCACUUUCGGUACCUCACAUCAUUUAUGAACGCCGUUGAUGUUUAUAAAAAGAGAGAGGGUCCAGUUUUACCUUGGUUACUUCUUAUAGGGUCCUUCUUCUUCCGUUCACUGGAACAAGUUUUUGGAGAUCUUAACUACUACCAAAUGGUUUGUAUGCACCAUUGGAACCGAACCCGGUUAAGCCUCGGUUAUUGGUUUUUUAAAUCACUUUCUUUGACCUGUGGCUUUUUACAUGAACUUUUACGGAUGAAGUCUGCAUUAACUUCACCCCAAUGGAAGAAACGAACCCCAAAGGAACGUUCAGAAUUUCUCAAGGCAGAGAUUAUUUCACUCACUCGCUACAUUUGUGAUAUGAUUGUGUACUACCAGUGGGUCCCAUGGUAUAAUCCCAACAAGACCUUACAAUACUUCUGCGGUGCACUCUGCGGUUCACUUGGUUCCUAUACCUUCUGGAAGGAAACUCAGGCAGCGCGUUUGGCAGCAGCGAAAAAGGCAUCUCAGCCUAACGGUGUAUUGAAUGGAAACAAAACAGAAUAG